UAGAUAUCACGAUGCGUUACACACCAGUAGAUAUCACGGCAGGAGCGGCUGUUGCCAUAGAACAACAACAGGACUCGGCCUAUUUACGACUUGUUACACCUCAACGAACAGAAACCGAAACAUAUGUCGUAUUGUGCAACCUACGCCAACUACAAACAUUCGUGAGUCUUUUAAUUGCCAAGUAUCUCAUUGUCAAGAAGGACUUAUUGCCAAUAAGACGCCUCAAGAUGUCGUUUACUAGUUGUGCUUCGAACGACGAAGGGGAAGUUGACAGAAGAACAAGCAGCCGCCGGCUCUCGGUGUUGUCUGUUGAGAGCGCUAGGACAACCGCUUCGUCACGUAGUCCUUCCAUUCAGCAUCCGGGACAGCCUCAAAUGCGCAAAACCUCGCGCUCCAUGUCCACUUAUGUAUCCCCGUACACUUGGAAAGGACUGGUGCCGACGAAAGAGAAACAAGAAAAAGAGAUAACGCCUAUACAGAAAUUGGAAAACACGUAUCAAGUAGAGCCUAAAAGAGUGUUCCCAACAGGCGAAGUAAAGCAGAUAAUUCACAACACAUUACAAAACGCCCUGGCCGAGUCGAAAUACAAGGAGAUGAAUAGCAGCUUUGUAUCACAGCUUCUCAGCCAAAGAGUGCUUGAUCAGGUGAAAAGCCUGGACGUUCAGAGGUAUAAGCUGGUGUGUUUGGUUUCCAUAGGUUCUAAGUCAGACCAAGGCAUGCGUGUGGCGAGUCGCUGUCUUUGGCACAGUGAGUUCGACCGGUUUGCGAGUGCCUCUGUGGAGAAUGGUUCACUGUUUGCAGUAGGUACCGUGUAUGGCGUUUAUUUUGAAUGAUCUUUUUUAAAAAAAAUAAAUGUGUUCCACUAAAUUGUAAACUGUGCCGAUAUGGUAUGAACGUUGCUGUGCAAGAAAGACUUAAGAAAGCCUAUAAUGUCAAUGUAUUUAUGUUGGCAGGAGAAAAAGUCCCUGUUUUAAUAUUGUAAAUACGUUAUAACUCUAGAAAAAGCCUGAGAGAUA